UCGCUGUCUCCUCUCUCUGCACCGCCGCUGUUGAGCUCUCGAUAGUCCGGCGUGUCGCGUUUGCUACCGCCUCACCGCUGGCCCCCCGUUCGACAACGAUGCCCCCAAAAACGAAGAAGCGAUCAUCUGUAGCAGCAGGGCUGGCGCCUGCUGCUGACAGGAAGGCUGGAGACAGCAGCUGCAGCAGCAGAGCAACAAAACAAGGACGGCGAUUGAAAGCUGAAGGAGGAAGUGCUGGCGCGGAGGCUGGUGGAUCAACCCUUGUGUCGUGUGGGGACGAGCUGGUGCGAAUAUCGCGCCGCCUUCAUGACAGUCUCAAAGACCGGAAGUGGAAGGGCACCAGCAAGCAGCCGGUGUCAUGCUCGUACAACGUCCUCGAGUACGCCUCAGAGACAAACGAGGCCUACACGCAGCGGUACGGCGGGGGGCGGCCAUUCGGAAGGGCGUUCGUUGUGGGCAUGAACCCGGGGCCAUGGGGUAUGGUGCAAACGGGAGUCCCGUUCGGCGAAGUCGGAUUUGUUCGGGACUGGCUGAAGGUACAAGGGGCAGUCGGUCGGCCGAGCAAGGAACACACCAAACGACCGGUGCAUGGCUUCGACUGCCAGCGCAGCGAGGUCAGCGGGACCCGUCUAUGGGGCUUUUUCGAACGGAGAUUCGGAACGGCGGACGCGUGGGGAGACAAAAUGUUCGUGUACAACUUCUGCCCUCUGACUUUCAUGAGCUCUUCGGGCGGCAACAUCACCCCGGACAAGCUGACGCCCGCAGAGCGAGAAGUCAUCGACGAGGCUUGCGGCGAAGCCCUUGCGGAGAUGAUCUCGGCGCUGAAACCGUCCGUGGUCGUCGCCGUCGGCAACUUCGCGGGGUCCAAGUGCCAUGAGGCGGUGAAGGCGUCAGGGCUCAACGCCGCAGGAAAGGGCGAGGUUGAGGUUGUCGUGGUGAACCACCCGAGCCCCGCUAGCCCCACGGGGGUUAAGUGGGAGAAGGCGACGUGCUUGAACGAGCUCGUGCUCAACAGCAGCAAGAGCAAGGAGAUAGACAGGUUCCUCCAGUGA